AUGACACAGUUGUUCCCCAGCCCUGGCGGGGCUGGCAGCAUGGUUCACUCCAGCAUGGGGGCUCCAGAAAUAAGAAUGUCUAAGCCCCUGGAGGCCGAGAAGGAAGGUCUGGACUCCCCGUCAGAGCACACAGACACUGAAAGAAAUGGACCAGACACUAACCAUCAGAACCCCCAGAAUAAGGCCUCCCCAUUCGCUGUGUCUCCAAUUGGUCCCAGCACCAAGAUCAAGGCUGAAGACCCCAGUGGUGACUCAGCCCAAGCAGCACCCCCGCCCCCCCAGCCGGCUCAGCCACAUCUGCCCCAGGCCCAGCUCAUGCUGACGGGCAGUCAGUUAGCUGGGGACAUACAGCAGCUCCUCCAGCUUCAGCAGCUGGUGCUUGUGCCAGGCCACCACCUCCAGCCACCUGCUCAGUUCCUGCUGCCACAGGCCCAGCAGAGUCAGCCAGGCCUGCUACCGACGCCAAAUCUAUUCCAGCUACCUCAGCAAACCCAGGGAGCUCUUCUGACCUCCCAGCCUCGGGCUGGGCUUCCCACACAGCCCCCUAAAUGCUUGGAGCCACCAUCCCACCCCGAGGAGCCCAGUGAUCUGGAGGAGCUGGAGCAGUUUGCCCGCACCUUCAAGCAACGCCGCAUCAAGCUGGGCUUCACGCAGGGCGAUGUGGGCCUGGCCAUGGGCAAGCUCUAUGGCAACGAUUUCAGCCAGACAACAAUUUCCCGCUUUGAAGCCCUCAACCUGAGCUUCAAGAACAUGUGCAAACUCAAGCCCCUCCUAGAGAAGUGGCUCAAUGAUGCAGAGACUAUGUCUGUAGACUCCAGCCUUCCCAGCCCCAACCAGCUGAGCAGCCCUAGCAUGGGUUUCGACGGGCUGCCCGGCCGGAGACGCAAGAAGAGGACCAGCAUCGAGACAAAUGUCCGCUUCGCCUUAGAGAAGAGUUUUCUAGCGAACCAGAAGCCUACCUCAGAGGAGAUCCUGCUGAUUGCAGAGCAGCUGCACAUGGAGAAGGAAGUGAUCCGCGUCUGGUUCUGCAACCGGCGCCAGAAGGAGAAACGCAUCAACCCCUGCAGCGCGGCCCCCAUGCUGCCCAGCCCGGGGAAGCCCACCAGCUACAGCCCCCAUCUGGUCACACCUCAAGGGGGUGCAGGGACCUUACCAUUGUCCCAAGCUUCCAGCAGUCUGAGCACAACAGUUACUACCUUAUCCUCAGCCGUGGGGACACUCCACCCCAGCCGGACAGCUGGAGGGGGUGGGGGCGGGGGUGGGGCCGCGCCCCCCCUCAAUUCCAUCCCCUCUGUCACUCCCCCACCCCCAGCCACCACCACCAACAGCACAAACCCCAGCCCUCAAGGCGGCCACUCAGCAAUUGGCUUGUCAGGCCUGAGCCCCAGCACGGGAAGCACAAUGGUGGGGUUGAGCUCCGGGCUGGGUCCAGCCCUCAUGAGCAACAACCCUUUGGCCACUAUCCAAGCCCUGGCCUCUGGUGGAACCCUGCCCCUUACCAGCCUUGAUGGCAGCGGGAACCUGGUGCUGGGGGCGGCCAGCACAGCCCCAGGGAGCCCCGGUCUGGUGACCUCGCCACUCUUCUUGAACCAUGCGGGGCUGCCCCUGCUCAGCGCCCCCCCGGGUGUGGGCCUGGUCUCAGCAGCAGCUGCAGCUGUGGCAGCCUCCAUCUCCAGCAAGUCUCCUGGUCUCUCCUCCUCUUCUUCAUCCUCGUCCUCCUCCUCCACUUGCAGUGAGGCAGCAGCACAGACCCCUGGAGGUCCAGGGGGGCCCGAGGCAGGGUCCAAGCCCGAGUGAGGGCCCACCAUGCCUCCCCUCCCACACCUCUGAACCCCCACUUCUGUUCCCUGCCUGGAAGAGGGCAAGGAGGUCAGUGGUAGGGGUGUAGCGGGUCCUCGGAACAAGAGUGACAAGGGAGGAAAGACCAAAAAUCCAACCAAAAAAAAAAGGAAAGAAACCAACAAAAAAGAAAACCAAAAAUAAUCACAACAGAAACCAGCUGCCCCAAAGGAACCAGAGAUGAAACACAAAAACAAAAAACACACAAAAAAAAUCCCUCACAAAAAUCAAACAAACCAAAAAUCAGUUGUGAGCCAGAGUUCAUAAUGCUCACUCUCACGGCUACGACACCAAAUAAGAACCUCAGCCAGGAGCGGAGCAGCCUCCGGCAGGCCGGACCUCACACCGCCGCAGAGCCCUGGCUGUGGGGCCAACUCCUCACCUGCCUCCCCCCAAGAUGGGGGGACAGAGAAGGAAAAAAAAAGAAUGUGCCAGCCUACUGGCUGCCCCAACCCUGAGCCAGCGGAGACAGGGCAUAGCUUGGGGCAGAAGGCCCAGGGCCCAGAACCAUCUGCCAAAUGUCCUUUUCCAAAAGGUGAAAGAAAAAAAGGGCCUGAACAACCUUACACCAAAUAUUCAGUAGCUUCAUCCAAAGGAUGUACAGAAUUUUUAGCGUUGUGCUCAACAGAAUGUGUCCCUACCAUACCUCCCCCCUUCCCUCUGGCCCCUAGCUCUCCACACCUGGGCAGGGGGUCUUGCUUUAACCUCCUUCCUCCCUCCUAGCUGGGGGAGAGUUCAGGGGGAAACCCCAGGGGUGACUUUCUGCCCCUUAUACCUUCCUCUUUCUUCCCUUUGACGGGUGAGCUAGGCCAUUUUGCCAAGUUCCAGUUCUCACAAGUCUCCCCCCCUCCCCAGCCCUGUCACUCUCUUCCGCUCUGGAUCUCCCUCUUCCCCGGCCAAGGGGAAGGUACAGCUUUCAGACAAAAGGGGGAUGAGGGAUGAGGUGGGCGUUCAAGUUGUCUUUCUUUCCAUCCUGUCUGUUUCCCUGAAAAAAAAAUUUCAUAUUCCAGUGCCUA